AUGGUCCUCAGAAGCCUGUUGACCGGUUUGGUCCUGCUGGGCUCAGCAUUUGCCACCAAUGAAACCCUACCCGCAAGACUUCUCGACCUGGGCAAUGGCGUUAUUGGAGGUCUGUAUCGUCCAUCCAACCCAGGCCCAAGGGCGAACGUUGCCAUUUUCGUUAUGCACGCCGAGCAAGACUAUAUCAACUUCGUUGCCUGCACGGAGCUGUACAAGCGCGGUUACACUGUUCUGUGCGCCAACAACAACGCCAGCAAGUCCGGGAAGAUGACGGACCUGGCCUUCGAAGACAUGUUGCAGAACGCCGGCAGCGGCAUUUCGUACUUGCGCAACCAGACGUACAUUGACAAGGUGGUUGCUCUCGGCCACAGCGGUGGUGGUGCCAUGCUUUGGGCUUACCAGAACAUCGCAGAGAAUGGUGUCUCAGCCUGCAAUGGACCUGAGAAGCUAUACCCCUGCUCGGACGACCUGGCCAACCUCCCCGCUGCUGAUGGCUUCAUCUCAGUCGACGCCAACUACGGUCUGUCGACGAUGACCUUCCUCAGUGUCAACCCGGCUAUCAUGGAUGAGAACAGCGGUAUGAAGAUCAAUGCCUCGCUGAGCCUAUACAACCCGGCCAAUGGCUACAUGUCGAACGGCGCCAACUACUCCACCUCCUUCAGAAAGGCCUACCAGUCCGGCGUGGUCACCCGCUGGAACCGUAUCAUCGACCACGCACUGAGCCGCAGCAAGGCAAUCGCAGCUGGAAACGGCCUGUACGCUGACGAUGAGCCGCUCACCAUCCCCGACGCCAACUACGUGGGUAUGAACAACAAGUUCUUCGCCGAGGACACUCGCUUCCUUGCACACACUACACAUGCCUGGCCCCUUCUGCACAAGGGCGGCACCAACAGCACCCAAGUCGUGCAUUCCGUCCGUGUCCCCACAGCCAUUGGCUCCUUCGCAUCAAAAUUCUACGACGGCGCCAUCAAGAGCUCCAUUAAUCGCUUCCUGGAAACGUUGGCCAUCCGUGUUAACGACAACUUUGAGUACCUCCCUGACGGACUUAAGGGUAUCGAGUGGAACUCUAGCCAGACCGCUCCGAUUUCCUCUGCGCCGGGUGUCAGCGUCCCGAUUCUUGCUAUGGGUAUGACGGGUCACUGGGAGUAUCUCAAUGCGGAGAAGAUCUACCUCAACUCGGGUAGUAGAGAUAAGUCAAUUGUGUUUGUUGAGGGUGCUUCGCACACUAUCAACGUGUGUACUGAGUGCGAGUCGUACCCGGGUCAGUAUGGUGAUACUGUGAAGACCUGUUUCGAUCAUAUGGAUCAGUGGUUACGCCAGAAGGGGCGUUUCCUUUGA